CGAGGUGUCUCGGCAUGGCUCGGUCACUCGCCAGCCUUCCAGCGAAGAUGUUUGUACUUCCAUUGGUUCUCCUGGUGGCCACUCGUGUUCAAGCACAGGACACGUCUGCCAUACUCUCGGGAAUAUUGGGUUCCCUUACAUCCACAAGCAAAGCUCGUGGGUGUCCAGGAGAAUGCGUGCACGCCAUCACCGCUCUCUUGUGCGACCAAGUAGUGGACGAAAUUCAGUGCGGAGCCAGCUAUUUGCGUUGCUGCGUCCCCAAGGAGUUUAGCCUGGGUGGCACUGCAGUGGAAACCUCGGCACCCUUAGCCGAAGACGAAAUGGUUCCUGCCACUUCACCUGCUACUGCAGUUGACGAAGACAGCAACGCUACCGUUCCCACACCCCUCCCUCCUGCUGAGCAACCACAGGAUGGCGCACUUCAGCAGCAGCAACAGCAGCACCAGCAGCCAGAUCACUCUCCAUCCCACGAUGCAGUCCAGGAAGCGAAGCUCCCAGAAUGCCCCGGAUCGUGCGUGUCCCCGCUUCUCAGCAUCCUCUGCGACCACGUGUCUCCGGUUCACUCUUGCCCGACGGGUGGUUCUUGCUGCAUCAGCGCGGCCGCUACGACCACCGAGCCUCCCAUACCGGCCUGCGACGGCCGCUGUCUUCCCCCGUUUUUGAGCGGCGUUUGCCAGAAGCCCGCGCAGCUCCUGCUUCGCACCACGACAUGUCCCAGUGGCACCAUCUGCUGCUCGCAGCCCGAACGCGGCCAGAGACCCGGAAGCGGGUUUUUCGCGCAGCAGCAAGGGGCUCCCAUGCGACAGCAGGGACCAACAGUGCAGCAGCAAAGACCCUUCGGUGCCAUAAUACCACAGCAACGUCCGUACCAGAACCACCCGCAGGCCCACGACCAGCUGAAUGCAGUAAUACCCGUCGAUCAGGCCAUGAUAGAUCAGAUAGCCCUGGAUGGUGGUGAUAGAGUGCACCGGCGACCACAGCAUGAGCACGUCGCGCCUCCGCAGCAAGGCCGACCGGAUGGUACACGCAGAGAGCCUUCUCAGCAGCCCCCGCAGGGACCACCACAAGGUGGACUUCGGCCGGUCAAACAAGGACUUGGUCCUCCGAAGCGAUUGAGGCCAUCCCAACACCACCCUCCUGGGUCUAUGCAACGCCCCGGACCCAGGCCUCCUAGUCCCAGCAGCAUGGACUUUCAAGGGCACAACCAACAGGGUCCACCCCAGAUCGGCUUGGCUAACGACGCGUCUAACCAGCCGAUCCUGAGGCCCUUGAGGCCCUCCAGCUCCGACGAGAGACCGGGAGGCGGGGAGUCCAACGCCCUUCCCGCUGCGACACAUCUACAACCUCAACAGCAGCAACAACAUCAGCAGCACCAACAUCAAAGAGCUCCUCCGUGCCCGGGCAACUGCAUUUCGAGUUACCUGCGUUUCGCCUGCUUUGGCGAGAACGCCAUCCAUCCGAGACUUCUGUGUCCACAAGAAGGUCUGGUGUGUUGUGCUAACGUGGCCCAAGUGCAGAGGAUGGCCGAGGAAGCCGCGGCCACCUCUCCAACUGUCAACGAAGACCAGCUAAGGCCGGAUAAUCCCCCACCCCCUCCGUCGCCGCCGUCGGAACCGCCACCACGGGCAGCCUUGAACCCCGACCCGGGUUCUCGACCACAGCAAUCGCCACCACGGCAGGUGGCGCGACCCGAGGCUCAGCAGCCGCCUGAAAUCCAGCAUAGACCCAAGCCCGUAGCCACUGCUCCCCCGAGGAAGAUGCUUCAACAGCCGAGCUUCUUGCUCCAAGACGCCGAGAUCGCGACCGCAUUGCCUUCCAGCACAACGAAGGCCCCGUCUGUAGCGAAGGGCCGCCGCCCACCACGCCCUUCGACGUGCGGAGUGAAAGGGGGCGGGUCAGGUUCCGCGCCUGACCGACGUCAUGCAGCAAGGAUCACGGGGGGCAAGGACUCUGUUCCAGGAGAGUGGUGCUGGCAAGCGGCCCUGAUAAACUCACAGAACCAGUACCUUUGCGGAGGAGCUCUGAUCGGCACCCAAUGGGUUCUAACGGCCGCGCACUGCGUGACUAGCCUGGUGCGCAACGGGGAGCCCGUGUUCGUCCGCGUCGGCGACCACGACCUGGGCAGCGAGCGGGCGCACCCGGGAGCGCAGACGCGCCGCGUGGCCACCACCUACAUCCACCACAACCACAACGGCCAGACGCUGGACAACGACAUCGCGCUGCUCAAACUCCAGGGCGCCGUGCAGCUCAACCCGCGCACCUGCCUCGUGUGCCUGCCCGCCCGCGGUGCGGCGCCCGCUCCCGGGGAUCGGUGCACCGUCACUGGAUAUGGCUACCUGGGAGAAGGCGGACCGAUUGCGCUGCGGGUCCGUGAAGCUGUGCUGCCCGUCGUCGAGGACCGCGACUGUACGGCCAAAAUCAACGCGGUGACGGAGAAGCAGUUCCUGAUGCCGGCCAGCUCCUAUUGCGCCGGUGGUGAGAAGGGUGACGACGCCUGCCAGGGUGACGGUGGCGGGCCCAUGGUGUGCCUGGUGGACGGCUUCUACGAGUUGGCUGGUCUGGUGUCCUGGGGAUUCGGCUGCGGCCGACCUGACGUGCCGGGUGUCUACGUUAAGGUGUCCGCCUUCAUCGGCUGGAUCAACCAGAUCAUCAGCGUCAACAACCUUUAGCACGUGGUCGCUACUGAUUCCAUAUCACUGGCGUCCACCCCGGUCGCCUCAACGUGUGCGUAGGCACAGACACUCCUUUCGAACCCCCGGUACACGAGUUCCUCGGCAGAACGCGACACAGUCUUGGUGCAUCUGCGUUUACGGUUGCUAACGUCAGGCCACGAGGCUCUGUUGGACGAGGAUUGAGCGAUUUUAGUAGCAUGAUGUGUCGCUGUACGUCCAGUCUCUCUCUGUUGCCCAUGUCCCUUGCUGCGCUAGGUCGAAACAUAAGAAAUGACUUAGAACUGGCUUUGAGCGCAAAGCUAC